AUGGCAGCGUGGACGUACGACCAAGUCGCGCAACACAACCGCAGAGGCGACUGCUAUGUGAUUCUUUACGAAAAAGUGUACGACCUGACCGAUUUUAUCCCGGUGCAUCCCGGCGGUCCGCAAAUCAUCCUCAAGUACGCCGGCAAAGAUGCGACGGCCAUCUUUGAUCCCAUCCACGCGCCCGGCACGAUUGAAAAGUUUUUGCCGAAUGAAAAGUGCAAAGGCGAGGUCGAUCCCAGCACAAUUCCUGAAGAGGUUGCGAGAGAGGCGGAGAAUGUGCUGAAAGAAGAGGAGGACAAGCGCAAGAAUUUGCCGCAUGUGUCGCAGUGUCUCAACCUGCAAGACUUUGAGCUCGUAGCGCGCAAAGUCUUGUCGCCUAUGGCAUGGGCCUACUACUCGAGCGCCUCCGAUGACCAGGAGACGUACCACGAAAACACCUCUGUUUUUCGCCGUAUUUGGUUCAGGCCGCGCAUUUUGCGCAACGUCCAGCAUGUGGACCUCAGCACAACCAUUUUGGGCCACAAAUCCUCUUUGCCUGUGUACAUCACCGCUACGGCGCUCGGCAGGCUCGGCCACCCCGAUGGCGAAAAGAACCUGACGUGGGCUGCGGCGAAGGAGGACGUGAUCCAGAUGUUUCCCACGCUUUCCUCGUGUUCGUUUGACGAGAUUAUUGACGCGCGAAAAGACGGCAAGCCCAUCCAGUUCUUCCAGCUGUAUGUAAACAGCGAUCGCAACAUUGUACUGGAGAUGGUGCGCAAAGCGGAAAAAGUUGGCAUCCAAGCUUUGUUCAUCACGGUGGACGCCCCCCAGCUCGGACGGCGUGAGAAAGACAUGCGCAUGCAUUUCGACGACGCGGGCACGAAUGUGCAGAACGAGACGGAGGACGAAGUGAACCGCAAUGAGGGUGCGGCGCGUGCCAUCAGCUCGUUCAUCGACCCCUCGCUCGACUGGGAGGUGGCCGAGUGGAUCAAGAGCCAGACCAAAAUCCCCGUGCUGCUCAAAGGCGUGCAGUGCUGGGAAGACUGCGUGCUUGCUGCGGAAAAAGGAUUUGCGGGCGUGGUGCUUUCGAACCAUGGCGGCAGGCAGCUUGACUUUGCUCCCUCUGGCAUUGAAGUCCUUGAGGAAUGCGUCGACGCGCUUCGCAUCCGGGGCCUCUUUCCCAACCCCCACUUCCAAAUCUUUGUCGACGGCGGCAUCCGUCGUGCCACCGAUGUCCUCAAAGCCGUGUGCCUCGGCGCCACGGCCGUCGGCAUCGGCCGCCCUUUCAUCUACGCCAUGUCUGCGUACGGCGCUGCGGGUGUCUCGCGCGCAAUCCAGCUGCUCAAGGAGGAAAUGGUGAUGGACAUGCGCUUGAUUGGAGCCACGUCUAUUUCGCAGCUCAAUCCCUCGAUGCUGGAUCUGCGUGCGAUGCAUCACCAUGGCCAGACCAUUGCGCCACGCACGCAGUCCAAUGUGCUCCAGCCCCACGCCGACGGGCCGGACUCGAGCGCCGCUGCGCACGGCGCCAAGAGUCGCUUGUAG